CUGAACGUUCUUGUGAAUUGUCAUUUCUAGACAGUAAUCACAUCAUCGGUCGCGACUAGAGCAGACCUGGGGGAAAUCCAUUUACCGCAAACCCUGAACAUGGCUGCCACGGCCGAGUCCCGCGACCAGGUAGCCUUACGGGCCGUAAAGGCCGAGGCGAAGGAUGUUACAGCGGAGCUGCAGAACGUGCUCGCGGGCCUUCUGCGCAACCCCGAGGAUUUGUUUUUGCAAAACGUAAAAACCCGACUGGAAGGACACAAGGAGAAGCUUGAAUCGCGUCGCCAAACUCUUGAAAGCGUCAUUGCGGGCAAGGACAGCAACAGCGCCGCCCCGGCCGUGCGCGCUCUGCCCCCGCCGGCCGAGCUGAAUGCCGCAUACGAGCGGCGCGUGCAGCAGCACCCGCAGCCGCCCAAGCAGCUGCUGGCCCAGCAGCAGGGGCGAGGCGCCUCGUCGGCGCCCUCUUCCUCCUCCUCGGCGUUGCCAGCGCCUGCAGCGGACGCGGCGGACGUGCCCCUCCUCUUCAACUGGCGCAUUGACCGGCAGCUUGGCCUCGCAGCUGCUGCCGCCGCCAGCGCGAAGGCACGCAAGGCCGCCGCCAGCGCCGCAUCGGCGGCGGGCAGCAGCGGCGCCGACAACAGCGCAGCAGAUGUCCGCGCUGAUGCAGCGGCUGUGGCUGCAGGUGGGCUGCUCCUGCCGCAGCUGGCGCACCCCGUGCUUGCGCAUGUGCUGCGGCUGGUGGAGGGUGGCGAUGCAGCGGCCGGCGUCAGUGGCACGGGUGUGGCGGAGGAAGACGUGGUGGCGGCGGCGGAGCUGAUCGAGACGGUCUGCGGUUAUGGCCAGCAGACGGACGAGGUGCAGCUGGCGGCUGCGGUACAAGACGUGCUGUUGCCGUACCUCUUCGGUCCCUCCUUCGACCUCUCCAUCCCCGCCGGUACGGCAACAACAGCAACAACAACAAACGCAGCGGGAGAGACAGCGGCGGUGGGCUUCGUGCGGCACGCCACGACCAUCGCCCGCCCGCACCAUGCCUCUUCCUCAUCUCCGUUCAGCCCCCUCGCCACGCCACGCUGGGCGGUGGGGGAUGACGCCGCGCAGCCCUCCCACCUGUUCCUGCUUGCCGAGUUCCGCACGGGCCUGGGUGCCAGCGGCGGCAGCGGCUCGCCCACCGCGGACCCAGCCUUUGUGGGCGCCACACACUACCUCGACUUCUGGCAGCGGGCGCAGCAGCGGCGGCAGCAGCAGCCGCUGGGCCCGGCGGCGGGCCCGGCCGCCGGCAGCGGCGGCCUGCAGGCUGACGUGUGGGGCCUGCAGACCUACCGCCCCGCCCUCCUGUUGGAGGUGCUGGGGCCAAACCUGCGGCUGUCGGCUCUGUCCUGGACCGACCGCCCCGUGGUGACGCCGCUGACGCCGCUGCUGCCGCUGCUGCCGCUGCACGACCCCCAGCUCCUGCUGCACCAGCACGGCCCGGCCGCCGCCGCCGCCGCCGCCCCCAGUGACGACGACCGGCUGCUACUGCCGGUGGCUCGGCUGUUGUCGGGGCUGCGUUCCGGCCUGCGCUGGCUGGCAGCCCUGAACCACCGCGCCCGCAGCCAGCAGCAGCCCCUUACCGCCGCCAUCAGCGCUGAGCAGACCCAGCAGCAGGGUCCGGUGGCGGCGGCGGCAGCUGCCGCGCCGGUCAAGCGGCGGCGUGUCAAGACCGCCUCGGCCCCAGCCACAGCCGCUGCGGCUGAGGCGGCGCCAGUCGGCGGGUCGGAGGCGGAAGCAGGAGGAGCAGUGGCGGCGGUGCCCGCAGUUGUGGUCAGCAGCAGGGGCAGCAACUCCACCCCUGUGGCGCUGCCGUACCCCAUCCUGCUCAGCCGGCGCUACGACACGCGUGGCGCCGCGCCACCCCAGGCGCUUGGGCCGCGCACGUUCCUGCUCCACACCUCCACACCCCACGCCUCCGAGGCCGCCUCCAGCGGGGCGCCGGCGCGUGAUGUGGUGGUGCGGCUGGCCCGGGCCUACGACCUGGAGGCCCAUCGCGAGUGGGAAGCGCUGGGCCUGGCGCCGGCACUGCUCCGCAGCCGGCGGCUGCGCAGCGGCUGGCUGCUAGUCGAGUCCGAGCACCUGCCUGUGGCGCCAGCCGCCGCCGGCACCAGCAGUAGCCCUGAGGUGGCAGACGGCAGAAGAGCUUGGCAGCCGCUGCAAUCGCUGCUGGCGUCGUCGUCGUCGUCCGCAGCUGUUGACCAGCAGGUGGACUGGGCAGGCGCGCUGGCGGCGGUGAAGUCGGCGCUGCAGCGCGGCUCCGCAGGCGGCGGCCGUGCAGCCGCAGCAGCCGCGUCGCGAGCUGCAGAGGCGCUGGGGACGGACGUGACGGCGGCGGCGGCCGGCUGGCUGGUCCGGCGGGGCAGCGGGGCUGCGGCGUGGGAGGCGCAGCUGGUGGACUUCCGAGUGCCGGACGCCGCCAGCCGCCGCCGGCAGGGCCUGGCCGCCAGCCUCAAGGCCAUCGCCGAGCGCAAGCGGCUGCGCCUGCAGCAGCAGCUGGAGGCGGCAGCGGCCGAGCUGGCGGCGGCGGAGAGCGCCGCCGCCGAGGCCGCGGCCGUGGCUGCGGCCGCGGCCGAGCUGGCGGCCGCGGGGCCGUCAGCCGCCGUGAACCGGAAGCGCUCGGUGGGCCGGCCGGCCGGGAGCCGCGGCACAGUCGUCAGCGCCGCCAGUGGCCGCAGCACCAAGAGCAGGGAUGAGGCGGCUGCGGUCAAAGACAGCACCGCAGGAAGCACGGCAGCGGCCAAGCGCUCAACUGCACCGAAGAAUGCUGGCACGCGUGGGGCCGGCAGUAGCGGGACAACGACCAGCGGCGGUGCCAGCCGCAGCGGCAGCAGUAGCAGUAGUGCAGGCGCUGCUGUUGUCAAGGGCAGGAGCCGGCGCGGUACGCCUCCGCCGCCGGCUGCCAUGCUUCCCGCGCCGCACCACACAUGCGUGUCGGCUGUGACGCCGCCGGCUGCUUUCCACUUGCUGCGGCCGCGUGUGUGCGCGGGCCAGCGCUCCCCGCACCUCGGCGCACGGCUGCGCGUGCUGGGGUGGUGAUGAGUUCAGCAGUGGCGGGGUCGCCUGUGUUGGUAUUCUAGGGUCAGGCAACAGCCUGGGCAUAUGGUUCUGUGCAUGAGCCAUUGGGCCAUUGCAUGAUGGGGCCCAGUAUGGGGCCCAGCCAAGGGGCCAUGGGGCCCAGUAUGCUGCUGGUUGCAUGUGGGACUGGGCUUUUGGGGGCUGCUGUGGGAGUGUGGGUCGUGUCUGGCGUGUGAGCAUGCUGUCUCAGCCUGGGCUCAAUUGUCGGCGCGUUGUGCGUGUUGUGGCACUGCUGGCGGGAGGUUGACGCAUUGCUAAAAAGGAACGCAGGAUGCGUCUGGAUGCCGAGCUUGCUUUUCGGUUCGUCUCACACGGGGGGGGUGCCGCGGUAGCAGGUGUUGAUAAGGUGGCACAACACGUACCACAUGCCGUUCAUUUGCUUAUCCGUACAUCACAUACGUACUGUACCGUAAUAGCACGGCGUGUCACCAUUCCGUAACUAAGACCGUCAAGGAGGUUUUCUCAAGACACUUUGGC